UCUCGCACGCUAGACACAGCACACUAGUGUUAAAUUGAGCAUUACGUUAGAAGUGUCGUUAAACGUCAGGUUAUGUUUGAUCACGUCGUGAUCGGUGCCAUGUAUACGAUAUACGUACGUGCAUCAAUGUAAAUUAAUAAAUUACUCCCUCUAAUGUUAAGGUGGCACCGACGAGAUCUCAUAUUGCUCGACGAGUCGGCCAACUGGGAACGUAUCUGUCGAAAGAUACGAGAUAAUACGUCAUAGAAAGUUGUUUCAGUUAUUCUAGUGGAGUUUCUAAGUUCCGCGGAAUGUCCGGUGUUUUUUAACCUGCAUUUUAUACAAAGAAAUUUUAUUUUAUCCAUUGCAUGGAAAUUGAAUAGAAAGGGGAGUGGUUGGAUUCUAAUGUCAGUUAUCGAAGGCGCAAGAUGGAACAGCUAGAAGUAACAGGAAUUGUACUGAGAUUGUGGCUACUCAACAUUCUAAUGAUAAAUUGGAGCAGCGCAGCUGCAGUAGCUCAUAAAGACCAGUAUCAAAGUUUAAUUAGCCUAGGUGGUCAAGGCUUGUAUAAUGCCAGCGAUGAUGUAGUGAUACUAAAUGCCACAAAUUUCAAAGCAAGCGUUUACGGGAGCACCAGGAGCUGGCUAGUCGAGUUUUACAAUAGCUGGUGCGGCUUUUGUUACAGAUUUGCACCGACAUGGAAGGCUUUAGCAAGCGAUAUCCUACCAUGGAAUGAUAUUGUUGUCGUUGCGGCCAUAGACUGUGCCGACGACGAUAACAAUCCGAUCUGUCGCGAGUACGAGAUCAUGCACUAUCCAAUGUUAAAAUAUUUCUCCAUAAACGCACGUCCACCGUCCUUGGGUGUAGUGAUAGAAAAGGGGGAUAGCGUUGAUUCGGUGAGAAGUAAUUUAAUUAGUAGGCUCGAAACGGAGCAACAGGAAGGAAGAGGAUCUACAUGGCCUAACAUUGCGCCAUACAGGAACGUCGAAAUAACGGACAUAUGGAAAACAGCAUCUAGCAGUGUGAAACAUUUUUUCUUGAUCUUCGAGAGCACGGAUUCGAACUUGGGCGCGGAAGUAAUUCUUGAUCUUCAUAAGAUCAGCGGCCUGCAGAUACGCCGAGUGACCUCCGACAAUGAACUGCUGUGCGUAAUGAACAAGGUUACCAAGUUCCCAACUUUGAUAGCUUUUGGACGUAACGAGUCGCAGAGGGUCGUCAGCGUGAGAAUACCGACGAGACAGGGGGUUCGACGGGCUAUCAAAGAUUACGUGAUCGCGAGAGGAGUGAAUGUCGAUGAGGCGCGUACGACGGCGGUGUCGCGUAAUACUGUGCAAAUUACGGAAAACACACGUCGAACAACGAUCGCGGCGAUUGCGAAGAGCCACGAAGUGGUGGAGGAGCAGCUGCAGUCGUCGAAGAGGAUCGACGAUUACGUGUAUCAGCUUGAUCUGGAGAAUGCGUUGCGUUAUUCGAUCAAUCACGAGAUAUCCUUGAUGAAAUCGAUAGACGGUGAGAAAAUGAAGGCGUUGCAGAAAUAUCUCGCGGUACUGGCGGCGUACUUCCCUCUGCGACGUAAUAACGUCUAUCUAGAGGUGAUGCGCGACGUCGUCGAGAGGAGGAGCGCCACGACCGGCGAGGAGUUUAGCCAGCUGGCGAAAACGACGGAGGAGGAGAUGUCGCCGGUGUACUCGGGCGCGCCCCGUCGGUGGAUAGGAUGCAGGGGGAGCGCGGAUUCGUAUCGCGGAUAUCCCUGCGGCCUGUGGACGAUGUUUCACAUGUUGACCGUGAAUUUCGCGCUGGAGCGCAGGGACAGGGACGUCACUCGGGCUCUCUCGCGGGACCCCGCGGCGAUACUGCGGGCGAUGCACGGCUACAUCGGCACCUUCUUCGGUUGCGCCGACUGCGCCGCGCAUUUCGUGGAGAUGGCCGACAGGAAUGGGAUGUUCGACGUACGUAGCAGGGACGAGGCCGCGCUCUGGCUGUGGCGGGCGCACAAUCAGGUGAACGCCCGAUUGUCGGGCGACAACACGGAGGAUCCCGAGCACCGGAAGAUACAAUAUCCCGCGGCCGAGCACUGCCCGGCGUGUAGGCACGCGAACGAUAGCUGGAACGAGGAGGAGGUUUUGCGAUAUCUGAAAAUCAAGUACAGCUACAGUGGCAUCAAGUUCGAUGGAAUCGACGAUUUCCACGACCGCGACGUAGAUAUGACCAACGGCAACGGCUCGAGAGUAAGGCCGGAGAGACUCGCCAAGGAGACGAAGCACGCCACGGCUUUCGGUUGGGACUUGAACGUAUUCGACAUCAGUAUUUGUGUGGUGCUGUACGUUACCUCGGCCGCAAUACUCGUGCUGGUAUGCAUCAAGUUCGCCGUUAAGAGGACAUAUAAGAAAAAGGGCCAUAUUAAUCUACUGCCCAAAGUAUAAAUUUUCUUUCUUAUAUUUUGUGCUCUGUGCGCGCAAACAUUCCUGGACCAGCAAGUAUCCACUCAGGCACUUGAAUUCCGAGAGAGAACAGUGAGUCGCCAAUUCUUAGGUUGUGAUCUUCCAGUUAUAAUUGAUUUAUACCAACGAUGACCAGAGUCGAAUUUGCAUUUGGGCGAUUGCAAUUCAAGAAUUUUUCUGCGUUAAAGCAGGCCAGUAGCGAAAUGCGUAGUAUCGAUACAUAAUAUCCAAGAAAUCAAAAUAAAUUUAAGCUCUAAAUAAAAUGAAAACAUUCACUUCAGAAGGAAAGCGUUCGAUAAAGUCGGAUAAUUUUUUAUGGAUUAUAUCAAUUGAAAUUUUUAUCAGUAAAAAACAGUACAUGUAUUUUAUACAGAAUACUCCUAAAGUAGGAAUCACUGAUAUAUUCGCGAUUUUAUUUUUAAUAAAAAUUUAAUUCCUGAAUAAUAAUUAAAACUUUUUCCCAAAUCCUUUUGAACUAGCGAUUAUAUUUUGUAAUGUUGCCUUAAACUCGUCCAAAGAAUAUAUCUCUUUACUAUCAGUUUCCAUGAAGCGAUUUCUAUUUAGAGAUCGUCUUGUACAAAAUAUAGAAACAUAAGUAUAUGUCUGAUAAUAAUAAUAAAUAAGAAUGAAUCAAGUAAAAGUAUAUUCAUAAAAUAUAUUCAAUUAUUUAAUAUCACUAUAUGUACGUAGAAUAAUUUUAUCUCAUCAUCUUGCUGUGACGCAUUAGAAAAUGUAUGCAUUUAUAAUUAUCAUGAAAUCACAUGUCAUCAAAGAUAGUAUACAAACGCAAGUGUCUAGCAUCUUCUUUACUUGGUAACCUGUGCGACAUGACUGAUGAUUCGUGAAAUAAGAUUGUUUUAUUGGAAGUACAUUAUUAUUAUUAUUAUUAUCAUUAUUAUAUACUAUAUCGAAAAUCAUAAACAGUAUAAAAUUAAUACAAUUAAUCAAUUGGUAUAAAAUAUCCGAUAUCGAAAGAUAGAUCUAUUAUUUUAUUCUGUAGCUUAAUUCAUGCUUCCUAAAUUGUUUAUACGCCUUCCUUUUAUAUAUUUUAUGAUGAUUUAGACUUUUAUAUGUAAACUUUACACCGUUUAAGGCAGGUAAACUAGCAGGUGUUCAGAUGAGAAAAAAGAAUUAUACACAUAAUAACUGUUGAUAUUUAAUUAAAUAUUAAGGAAAUAAGAUGUCAAAUCGUAUAAAGUAAUCUCUUACAGUUGAUAAUUGCAAACUUGAGUAAUCAGAGAUUGUAUGAAAGAUAUGUUUGUGAUCUCCAAGUCACAAAUAUCUGUAUACUCCAAUGAAAGCCGAUCUUUUAUAGAAUUUAUAAUUUGUAUUUAAUUUGUAAAUAGGCACCCGAGAAAAAUUAUUUCUUCUUUUAUUGAUUAUGUGUAUUAUAAGCUUGUCUUUAUGUACAGUUUUUUAAUAAAAUAUAAUAUACAACUAAA